CAGCCACACAUGCGCCGCGGCCGUCCCUCGGUUCGUUUGUAUGACAUGCUGCGAGCGCUCGCGUGUUUCACAGUUUGACGUGAACUUGGUUACCGUUUUGCCUGUACCACCACUGUUAAAUAUAAAAAUGUCCACUAAAAGUGUGUUAGUUAAAUAGAAAAUAUCACAGUAGUAGGUACAAGUCAAGCACGGCAGUCACGUACCUUGGUCGAUAGUAAAACGCGGGCAUUUCUCGUAAAAUCCACGUGCGUUGUGUUUACCGGUGUUUAAUACUUGAUUGAUUUUUUACGUUAUGGGUGAAGAAAUACCAAACGGGGACACGAAAGUCGUUUUAAAAAGGAAAAUAACCCUAUUCAAUGGUGUCGGUAUUAUAAUUGGGACAAUUAUCGGUUCUGGAAUUUUUAUAUCGCCGACUGGAGUGUUCAAAUACACAGAAUCGGUAGCAGCAUCAUUGAUAAUAUGGUUGGCCUGUGGUCUACUAUCGACAUUAGGAGCGCUAUGUUAUGCAGAACUGGGCACUUCCAUCACGAGGUCUGGUGGUGACUAUGCCUACAUUUACACGGCGUUCGGUCCUUUGCCGGCGUUCCUAAGGAUAUGGAUAGCGCUGCUCAUCAUCAGACCAACCACACAAGCUAUUGUUGCUCUAACCUUCGGACAUUAUGCGGUGAAGCCUUUCUUUCCUGAAUGCGAUCCGCCACAAGAUGCUGUGAAGUUGCUGGCUGCUGUUUGUCUUUGUGUCUUGACUGCGAUCAACUGCAUCAGUGUAAGGUGGACGAUGCGCAUCCAGGAUGUUUUCACCUCCUCCAAGCUGCUUGCUUUAGUCAUCAUCAUCAUCGCCGGCUUGUAUUAUAUCUGUAUAGGUCACACUGAAAACUUCCAACAGCCUUUCGAAGGUAAAUACGACGCUGGAAGUAUUGCGUUAGCAUUUUACUCCGGUCUUUUCGCAUUCGGCGGUUGGAAUUACCUUAAUUUUGUUACUGAAGAACUGCAGGAUCCAUACAAAAAUUUACCACGUGCGAUUUGGAUCGCAAUGCCCAUGGUGACUAUUAUCUACGUGAUGGCGAACCUCGCAUACUUCGCUGUCGUCUCUAAGAUGGAAAUGAUAUCGAAUCCUGCUGUUGCCGCUGUGUUCGGCGACCGUCUUUUCGGUAGUUGGAGCUGGGUGAUCCCGGUGUUCGUAGCUCUGUCCACCUUCGGCGGAGUAAACGGCGUGUUGUUCACCUCCGCGAGGCUGUUCGCGACGGGCGCUCAGGAGGGACACAUGCCUGCGUUCUUCUCUUUGUUCCACAUAGAGAGGCAGACGCCGAUACCGUCUUUGUUCUUCACCUGCGUAAUCUCUCUUCUGAUGCUGACAACAAGCAACGUGUUCGAUUUAAUAAAUUAUUUCUCCCAAACUCUGUGGUUGUCCGUCGGAGUGUCGGUUGUUGGUAUGUUGUGGUUGAGAAGAACGAAACCCAAUAUACCAAGACCGAUUAAAGUCAAUAUAAUCAUUCCAUAUGUGUUUCUGAUCGCUAUCGGUUGUCUUGUUAUUGUUCCUGCUAUUAUGAACCCUCGGGAUACAGGAAUCGGUAUUGCUAUAAUAUUAUCCGGUAUUCCGGUAUACUUUUUAUGUGUUAAAUGGAAGAACAAGCCGGAGAGUUACCACGCUUUCUCCGGCUGUCUGUUGAGGUUCAUGCAGAAGUUGUGCUCCUGUGUGUACGUGGAAGCUGCGGAGAAGAUGACCAGCUAAAUCUAUAACGACCAAUAAAUGACUAGAAAAUU